CCACUAGCAGUGUUCUUUUAUUUUGAUGAUCCUGUUUCCUACUUAGAUUUUAUGUGACUUUUAUUUUGACAUCAUACUAUCUGCUCACGUGAUUAAUCGCUCACCCGCAUGCUCACGCUCACAUUUGUUCAAUAGAAGACACGAGAAGCUAGCUAGCAAUUUAAUAAAUUAAGAUAAUGGCGGCGGACUUCCCUGGAUUACCACUUGAUAGCACCCUUUGAUAUGCGGAGCGAGUUUUCACGGUGACGGUGUUGGUGUUGGUGCUAUGCACACUCGUCUGAAUUAAAGUACACCCGUCUGGAAACACUCCCAAGCCUGUUUAUUCCAAGUUGAAGGGAUGCUACAGUGAAAACUCGACCACGAUGUGGAGUGAAAACUCAACUCAACGUUAGUAUGAUUGCCGUCCGCCAUUUGUGUACCUGACUGCCACCUUCUGUUCAAACGCCCUCACUUCAACCGGCACCCAGGCAAGAUCAGUCCUUUUUGUUUGCUGAUUGCUGCAUUCAAUCACAGGGACUCUUUGAUUACGAACAGUGAUAUUUAUGUAAGGGACUGAAGUCACCUUUUAUGAACAAUUUACUGUAUAUUUGAUGCUCUAAAUUAAUCAUACAUUUGAAAGGUGCAUUUAAAGCUACAGAAAGGUGACUUUACAAAAAACUAUUGAACAAAUUGAACCUGUUAAAUGUAAAUUCAUUCAUGGGUAAAUCUGUAUGACAGCAUACCUUGCUAAGCUGUUUGUGUGUUAACCUACAUUUUUUGUUGAUGAUAAUCGCCCCAGUGCAUGCUUGAUAUUAAGUACUUGAGCUAUUAGUCUAUAUUUCAGUAAUUGAACUAGUUCAAGAUAAACAAACAACAACACAACUUAAACAAAAUGUCACUUAAUGGAGAAGAAGUAGUUAGCACACAUGAUCCACCGAUGAAAACGGAUAACCCAAAGCCAGUCAGGUCUAGUUCACGUGAAAGAACAUUUACAGAAAGGGGAUUAGAGAUGCACAAACAGGAAGCUAUUAAACACAAUAAAGAAUUCAUGAAAGCUUAUGGCCGCUGGAAAGAAUUUGCAGGAGAGAUUAGGACUGCACUAAAAUCAUUCUCUUCUCAAGAUGAACUAAAUAACAUCAGAGAAGAUAUCCAAAGUCGACACAGUGCAGUAAGUGAAUGUUAUGAGCCCAUUCAACGCAACCAUGAUGCCACCCCAGACAUUGUACCAAAAAUGGAUGCUUGUAUAGCACUCACUGCAGAGAGCAGCGAAAUAAUAGAGAAGCGGCUUGAAACUGUAGAUGAGGUCUUUAAUCCAGAACUUGUGAAACUACGAGUGAGGAUGGCACUUAGGAAGGAUGAGUAUGGAUCUAUCUUCGGACACACAAAGACAGAUACUGUACUCUCUCUGGCAGACAAUUCUAUCCACUCAUAGGGCUCAAGCAAACAUCUAGAUGCAGGAGCAGAACUCGCAGCGCAACAAGAAAAGGCUAAAGCAGUAUAUCAAAUACAAGCUCAAGAAGUUCUUAGCAAGUUAGAAGAAGAGAAGCAGCUAGUUCUUAAAAGGUUAGAAGAAGAAAGGCAAGUUGCUCUUCAAAGGAUAUAGGCAAAUAUGCGUCAGGAAAAGAAAAGACUGCAGCAAAUUCAAGCAGAGUCAGAAGUAAGAAUAGCAGAGGCGAGAGUAAACGCAUACGAGAGCUUUGAACAUGACUUCAGAGACUGUCUAAAAGAGACCGAUCUCACAGUUGAAUCCAAAAGCCAGCUUAAUCCAAUGGCCAACGCAUACCAGCCUCCCCAAGCGCACGCCAAAGCGCUAGCAUCUCAUGAGAAAGAUAGCCUUACUCAAGCACUCAUUAACUCACUCAAUAUGAAUCGCCUGCCUGCUCCUGAGCCACCAAAGUUCUCUGGCGAAGCCCUAAAGUAUGUAGACUGGAAGAUGUCCUUCAUGGCCCUCAUAGACCACCAGCCUCUCCCCGCUCAUGAAAAAAAGUUUUACUUAAAAAACUAUCUGAGUGGAGAAGCACGUAAAGCUGUAGAGGGAUUCUUCUAUAGAAACUCAGAAGAAGCAUAUCAUGGGGCCUUAAAGGUCCUGGAGGAAAGGUACGGAAACCACUUCAUUGUGCAAAAGGCUUUUAGAGACAAGCUCAUGAAGUGGCCCACGGUUGGUACCAGUGGUCCUGCUGCACUUCGAGAGUUUGCUGACUUCCUGCAAGGAUGUGUUGAAGUGAUGCCUCAUGUGAAAGGAUUGGCCAUCUUGGACGACUGGGAAGAGAACCACAAACUGCUGAAGAAAUGACCUGACUGGAUCACACGAAGAUGGAGCAGAGUCGUCACGGAAAGGUUGGACGAAUCCGGGGAUUACCCAAGCUUUUCCUGUUUCACAAGGUUCAUCUAGAAGGAGGCUUGGAUAGCAUGUAACCCUGUCACCUCUCCACUUCUGAUCAAGGCCACAGAUGACAGGCAGCCCAAGAGAGCUAGAGCACUUCACACAAACACUAAAAGGAACAAUCCCACAGAAAAUGUUGAGAAAGUGUUCAGCACCAAGUCGAAGCCACCUUGUCCUAUCUGCAAAGAUGAGAUGCACGGCGUCGUAAAGUGCCCUACAUUUGCAGCAAAAUCUCUGGAAGAUAAGAAAGCCUUCAUACGGGAAAACAAUUUGUGCUACGGAUGUUUGAGAAAGGGACAUAACAGUAAGGAUUGCAAAACGCAACACACUUGUGUCAUAUGCAGCAGAAGUCACCCCACCUGUCUACAUGAAGAGAGAUCUGUGGAAGCAAAAGAGAAACAGUCCACUUCCACAGAUAAAGACGUUAGUCAGGAAGAGAUCAAAGUGACGUCCCAUCCAGUGACGCAGCGCGUCUUUGCCACAUCAAGCAUCGUCCCUGUUUUCAUGUCAUCUGCAAAUGAACCACAGAAAGAAGUUAUAACGUAUGCUCUUCUAGACACGCAGAGUGAUUCGACAUUUGUCUUGGAAGACCUACUCGAAGAGCUGAACAUGGAGACAAAACCAGUACAGCUUAAACUGAGCACCAUGACAGCUGUUGACACACCCAUAGCAAGCAAAAGUGUCUGCUGUCUACAAGUUCGAGGACUACAGUCUGGAAAACAGAUUCAGCUGCGGCAGGCCUAUACUUGUGGUUUCAUCCCGGUCGACAAGUCCUACAUUCCGACUUCUGAAACAGCGCUGCUCUGGCCUCAUCUAAAGCAUCUAGCAAACAAACUUCCACUGCUGAAGGACUGUGAGGUGGGACUGUUAAUUGGAAAUGAUUGCCCGUUGGCGCUAGCCCCCCAGGAAGUCGUCAUAGGAGGCGAAAAUGAUCCAUUCGCCCAGAGAACGGAACUCGGCUGGAGCAUUGUAGGCUCAUCCAAUCCACAUCUGGAUCGCCAGGGAAACCAGAGGUUUGUCCAUCGAGUGACAGUGAAGGAAAUACCAGCGGCAUCAACCAAUGACGUGCUGAAGGUCUUGGAAUCAGACUUCAAUGAAAGGAAGUAUGCAGAUAAAGACAAGUAUGUGUCACAAGACGACGUUCGCUUCAUUCAGCUCCUGAGUGACAACAUAACUCAAAGGAAAGAUGGACACUAUGAAAUGCCCCUUCCUUUCAAGAGCACAGAGCCACCUCUGCUACCAGACAACAAGAAGCUGGCAACAGUUCGACUGCAGCACCCAAAGAAAAGAUUGAAAAAUAAUGAGCGGUAUAAAGAACAGUACAAAGCCUUAAUGAAGGAUAUGAUAAAGAAAGGCGACGCAGAGCCAUCCUCUCCUGCGACAGAACAGCAGACUACGUGCUACAUAACACACCAUGGGGUGUUCCACCCCAAGAAGCCAGAGAAGCUAAAGGUAGUCUUUGACUGUUCAGCGAAGUUCCGUGGUGUCUCACUAAAGGAUACAUUGCUAACAGGUCCUGACCUGGUCAACUCUCUCCUUGGAGUCCCUGUCGUUUCAGGAAAGAGGUGGUAGCCAUCAUAUGCGACAUCGAGAAAAUGUUCCAUCAGUUUUACGUUUCUCCUGAAUUACGGAACUACGGAACUCAAGAUUAUCAAAUGGCUGUCCACCUAUUCGGUGCCGCUUUGUCACCCGGAUGUGACAACUUUGGCCUGAAGUACUUGGCACGUCAACACAAGGAAGAGUAUCCAUCAGCAUCAGCCUUUGUUGAAAAGAACUUCUACGUCGAUGAUGGGCUUAUCAGCGUCCCCUCCGUAGAAGAAGCAAAGGAGUUGAUUGCUGAAGCACAAGAGUUGUGCAAGGGAGGAGGUUUGCGUCUACACAAGUUCAACUCAAACGAAAGAUCCGUCCUGGACUCUGUGGAUCCAACUGAGAGAGCAGUCACAUCUGAACCCCUAAAUCUGGACCUAAAUGCAGCUCCAGCAGAACGUGCUCUUGGUGUCCAGUGGUCCCUUGAACACGACACCUUCAGCUUUAAUGUAAACCCACAACCCAGGCCAUCCACACGUCGCGGAAUCCUAUCCGUCAUUGCUUCUUUGUACGAUCCAGUCAGAUUCGUGGCUCCGUUUAUCUUAACUGGAAAGUGCAUCCUCCAGGAGCUGUGUCGUCGAGGCAUUAACUGGGAUGACCCACUUCCCGAAGACUUAAGUCCACGGUGGGAGAGUUGGAAGAGCGACCUACAAAGGCUGAAGGAAGUCUCAAUACCGAGAUGCUACCAACCACAAGGCUUCUGCAAAACUGUCACAAGGGAACUGCACCACUUCUCCGAUGCCAGCAAUAUAGGAUAUGGCUCGUGUUCCUAUCUGAGAAGCAAAAAUGAAGAUGGUCAAGUUCACUGCAGCCUCGUGAUGGAAAAGGCAAGAGUUGCGCCUACAAAACUCACAAGCAUUCCAAGAUUGGAACUUUCAGCAGCAGUGGUCGCUGCAAUAUCAAGUGUCAUGCUGAGAAACGAGCUUGAAAUGCCGAUCCAUGCAGAAUUAUUCUGGACUGACUCCCAAACUGUCCUGGUUUAUAUUGGUAAUGAAGCAAGAAGGUUCCAUGUCUUCGUUGCCAAUCGUGUGCAAAUGAUCAGAGAGCACACCAGCCCCAGCCAAUGGCACUACAUAGACACAACAGAAAACCCUGCUGACCAUGCGUCGAGAGGUCUAAACGCAGUGGACAUCUCCUCAACAAACUGGCUAUCAGGACCCAAGUUCCUGUGGGAACAAGAAAUACAUCCAGUCUCCAGCGAGUCUCGCCUCACUCCUGAGUUGCUUGUCGGUGAUCCUGAGGUCAGGUCAAUGCAGGCGUUCACAACUAAGGUUGAACCUUCCGAGUCAGACUUUCUUACCCGUCUAAAUCGAUUAUCCUCCUGGUCAGAACUCCUGAAAGUCAUUGCAAGAAUCAAGAGGCUGAACUCAAGGCAAAAUCAUCCUGGCAAACCUGUGAGUGUAGAAGAACGCGAAACAGCUGCCAAAUCAGUAGUGAAGCUUGUUCAAGAAGAAGCAUUCUCCCAAGAGAUGGAGAUACUUCAAAAGGGAAAACGUCUUCAAAACUCCAGCCCUCUGUUUCGCUUGAAUCCCAUCUUAGAAGGAGGAGCACUUCGUGUUGGUGGAAGACUGGAUCAGUCAUCCUUAAGACUAGAAGUCAAACACCCUUUGAUUCUACCCAAAGGAGGACAUAUUAACAAGUUGAUUUUGACCCACUGCCACGAGAGGAUCUGUCACCAAGGACGUAAUCAAACUAACAGAACUUCGAGCCAAUGGGUUUUGGGUCAUUGGGGGAAGUAAUUCAGUUGCUAAGCUGAUACACAGAUGUGUGAAGUGCAGAAGACUCAGACGGCCUGUAGAAGAACAACGCAUGGCAGAGCUUCCUAAGGAACGUGUGGAAGUCUCUGCUCCCUUCACAUACUGUGGCAUCGAUUGCUUCGGCCCAUUCAUCACUA